CACUUUCCCAGAAACCCUAAUUCAAGACUCCUUUUUCUCACUACAAACCCAAUCUUUUAAACCAUAAUUGAAUCCAAAUAGAAUCAUAUCCACUUGUGAGAGAGUCAGAGAGAGAUGGGAAACUGUUUUCCAAAACCUGUUACUAAUCACUCAAGCACCAAUAGCAGUCCCACCCCAGUUUCAGCAGUUCUUGGAAGUGAUGAAAAAAAGAAAAAACCCAUGAUCGAAAUCGGUCCAGCCAUGGCGGCUGACGGUGGCGGUGAUGGUGGUGGCGCCACUGCUUUUUCCCGGGAAACGGUGCCGCCAAGUGGGAGGAUAGUGACACCACACCUAAAGAUGUUCCCUUUCUCUGAACUCCGGAGUGCCACCAGAAACUUCCGGCCAGACACCAUGCUCGGAGAAGGUGGGUUUGGUCGGGUUUUCAAAGGAUGGGUGGACGGUGUAACGUACGCGCCGUCGAAGGUCGGUGUUGGCAUCGCCGUUGCCGUGAAAAAGUCUAAUCCAGACAGCGUCCAAGGGCUGAAGGAGUGGCAGGCAGAAGUGAAAUUUUUAGGGAAAUUCAGUCAUCCAAAUCUGGUAAAAUUACUGGGAUAUUGCUGGGAAGAUAGAGAAUUUCUUCUCGUAUAUGAAUAUAUGCAAAAGGGCAGUCUUGAAAAUCAUCUUUUCAAAAAAUGUACAGAACCACUUUCAUGGAGUACGAGAAUUAAAAUAGCGACCGGAGCAGCAAAAGGACUUGCUUUCUUACACAACACUGAAAAGACUGUUAUUUACAGGGAUUUUAAACCCUCAAAUAUCUUAUUAGAUGGGGAUUAUAAUGCCAAACUAUCAGAUUUUGGACUCGCAAAGUUGGGUCCUGCAAACGGCGAGUCUCAUGUCUCGACUGGCGUCGUUGGCACCUAUGGUUAUGCUGCUCCAGAAUACAUAGCCACUGGUCAUUUAUAUGUUAAGAGCGAUGUCUAUGGUUUUGGAGUGGUGUUGCUUGAAAUGAUAACGGGAUUACGUGUGCUUGACACCAAUCGACCCAGCUCGCAACAUAACCUGGUUGAAUGGGCCAAACCUCAAUUACCCGACAAAAGGAAACUGCGAAAAAUCAUAGACCCACGACUAGACCAGGAUUACCCAUCGAAAGGGGUCGGUAAAGCGUCGGAGCUCAUCCUAAGUUGUCUCGAAGCAGACCCGAAGAAUCGGCCUUCGAUGGAAGAAGUUGUGAUGAAGUUAGAACAGAUAAGUGCUAUCAAAACAAAACCAAAGGAAUCAAAGGUCAAACCAAACCAAGCACGUAUCGUACAACGUGAUCGUCGCUACCAAUCGGCCCACCAAUCUCCGCUCCACACGAAGCAAGGUAGAGGAGGUCGGGCCGAUCAACGCUCUCCAAUUCGAUCGUAUUGACUGAGUAGCUCAACGACUCGAUGAGCUUUAUUCUUGGGAAACGAAAUGAAGUGUCCAAGAUCAAUUUGCCAAGAGGCCAAAUGAAGGAGCCCAAUUAGAGAUUGCAUGAUGGCCCAAAAGUUGCGAAAGCAUUUCUGUAUUUAAUUAUGUUUAUUUAAUUAUAGAAUAAAUCAUAUGUUAAAUUCAUACAUUCAAUAUAAAUGAAGGGUAUUUUUUUUGUAACAAGUAAUACAAAAUCCUUAUAU